UUGCAAAACUCCCCCUGUCCUGCCAACUUUUGUGCUGGAAUUGAGGGACCCUGGGCAGUGAGCUCAUUUUGAUGACCUCGUUGCAGUCGAGCUGACAGUAUAUGGUAGAGCUCAUGAGCUGACAGAAUACUGGAGCGAAACUGAGUUUGUAGAAGAGCCAGAACUUCCUUCUGCUGAGCAGUGGAGAUGGAGUUAGCCAUUCUCCUCAUCAUAUCUGCUCUGGCUGCUGUGACUGCGCAGACGCCACCGUAUCUGAUCACAGUCCCGAGCAUUGUUCAUGUGGGUGUGGAAGAGACUGUGACAGUGCAGCUCCAUGCGGCCACCAAGCCUGUGACCAUUACACUGUACUUUGAGCAUCAGAACAAUGUGCUGUCAGACAGACAGAGCGUCACACUCACUGAAGGCAACAGCUACCAGGCAGUGGUCAAACUAAAGGUCAAGCCAGACCUGUACAAGGAUGUGAAGUUUCAAGGUACGAAAACCUAUGUCCACCUGGUGGCAGAGGGGAACGAUGUUUUUGGGGGACCUAAAAGGGCAACUUGCCUUUUGUCCACCAGAAAGGGCUACAUCUUUAUCCAGACCGACAAACCCAUCUACAACCCAGGGGAAACAGUAAGUUUCAGAAUCUUCACAUUAGACAAUUACAUGAGGCCCACAGACGAGACCAUCAACCUAAAAAUAUUUAAUUCCAAGGGUUUGAUGGUAUACAGAGGAGACGUUAAGUCAGAACAAAUUUACGAGAGACACGUGGACAUCCCUGGUGUUGAGCCGGCUGGCUAUUGGAAAAUCGUUGCCUCGUUCAGUAACUUGCCCAUGUCCAACACCUCCGUGGAGUUUGAAGUCAGGGAAUAUGUUCUUCCGUCGUUUGAGGUGAAGAUUGAGCCGGUUAAAAAAUACCACCUGCUGAAGGACGAAUCAUUCAAAUUUGGCGUGUCUGCAAGGUACACCUACGGCAAGGGUGUCAAUGGCAUCGCUUACGUGAGAUUUGGGAUUAUUGAUGAACAAGGCAAUAAAACCUUCCUGCCAGGCCUUGAAAAACAGACUGCUAUACGGGAUGGAAAUUCCGAAAUCGCGCUCCUCACGAAGGACCUGCGAGAAAAAGCGGAAAGUCUCAACGCCGACAUCGAAGGCCGUCACGUUUACAUCGCGGUUACGGUCCUCGAAACCGCCAGCGGAGAGCUAGAGGAGGCUGAGAGCAGCUCAGUGAAGAUAGUGAAUUCUCCUUUUAGCAUAGACCUCUCAAAAACCAAGAGGUACUUCACACCUGAGGGAAUGUUCUCCAUUCUGGCCACUACUACCUACCCUGAUGGGACCCCUGCCCCAGGCUUGCUAGUGAAAGCCUCAGUUCAGGCCAAAGGGGAGAUCACAGAGAGGAUUGAGAUCACGGAGAAAUCAGGAAACAACGAUGGGGAGGUCGCUCUCCAGUUCAAAGUUCCCCGCCUGGCAGCGUCCUUGGACAUCAAGGUGUUCGCGAAUGGCGAAGACCAGGACGUCGUGCUCAGCGACGCGCACAUGACGGCCACCGCCACCAGCUCCGAAAGCAAGAGUUACCUGAGUGUGGAGGUGCCACACCUCGUUCUACAAAAGGGGCAGGAAAUGAAAGUGACUUUCAGAGACAUCACACCUCCUGGACGAAAAAGGCCCACGCACAUCUAUUACAUGAUUUUUAGCAAGGGCAGAGUGGUUAAGAUGGACAAAGUGCAAAGGUCAGAGGUCACGUCCAUCAGUCUGCCAUUCAGCUACGACCUGGUCCCUACGUUCCGCGUACUGGCCUAUUAUUUUACCGGCCCCACGGAGUUUGUGGCAGACUCAGUGUGGGUGGACGUGGAAGAUGUCUGCGAAGGCCAGGUGCGAAUCCAGCCAUUUGAGAAGGAAUAUAAACCUGGGGCAAAUGUAGAUGUAGUGAUUCACACAGACCAGGCGGAGAGAGUCGCGUUGGUUGCCGUGGACACCGCAGUGUACAUUCUCAACAAACAGAACAAACUCACUGCCCAGAAGAUGUUUGAUUACAUGAACUCGUAUGACCUGGCCUGCUCCAAGGGCGGAGGGAAAGACCAUCGGUCUGUUCUCACCGACGCUGGCCUCACUUUCAUCUCCAGCUUUGCAGAAGCACCAGAUGCUACAGGUUUGAGCUGCCACAGUGUGAGACAGAAGAGGGCGACAGCGAAGCAAUAUUCCCAGGAAUUCUCUGCCAUUGUGAACAAGUACAACCAGCCGGAGAAGAGGAAGUGCUGCAACGAUGGGGCGCGGCUGCACCUGCGGAUGACGUGCGAGCAGCGCCAGGCCAAGACCCGCCACCGCUCCGCCGCCUGCCAGGAGGCCUUCCUGCAGUGCUGCCGGGACGCCGCGGCGCUCCGCGACAAGAUCCGGCAGGCCCAGAGGAGGCAGAGCGUCGCCAGAACUGGGGGUGACGAUAACCUGGACGCGUUGAACGAGGCCUUCAUCCACCUCCGCAGCUAUUUCCCACAGAGCUGGAUGUGGCAGAUUAAGCAUGUGGAUGCCUCAGGCACUGUCAGACAUAAUGAUAACCUUCCAGACUCCAUCACCACCUGGGAAAUUCAAACUAUUGGAAUCUCUCAAGGGAAGGGGUUCUGUGUGGCUGAACCACAGCGGCUGAAAGUAUUCCAGGACUUCUUUGUCUCACUAAAACUACCUUACUCAGUGAAAAGGAAUGAGCAGCUGGAGGUGAAAGCAGUGGUGUACAACUACAAGACAGAGCCCUUAGAGGUGACCGUUAAGAUGGCCUCCGCCGAGGGACUCUGCACCGCGGGCGGCGGCGGGGACGCGGGCGUGCGUACCGUCAGCGUGCCGGCGAACUCGGCGGUGCCCGUGUACUUCACCGUCAUCCCCCUGAAGGUGGCCAGGAUCCCCAUCCACAUGACCGCCUUCGCCUCCCAGAGCGCGGCCGACCAGAUAAAGAAGUACCUCAACGUGGUGGGUGAAGGGGAGCUUGUCUCUGUGCCAACAGAAUACAGCCUUGAGGCCAGAGGGGCUAAAGUGCUGGAGAUCGACAUCCCAGAACCCGCUGAUGCCAUCCCGGGACUGGAGUCUGCAGCUUCCAUCAGUAUCCGAGGUGGUGUCAUGGGAGAAUCAGCAGAUAAUUGCCUGAACCUGGAGGGCAUAGACAGGCUCAUAGAGCUCCCCACCGGCUGCGCGGAGCAGACCAUGGUGAAGAUGUCCCCGGCCAUCAACGCCAUGAAGUACCUGGACGCCACCGACCAGUGGCUGUUCCUCAGCCCCCAGCGGAGGGGCGAAGCCAAGGCCAUGAUCCAGAGCGGCUACACCACGGUCCUGACGCACAUGAAAAACGAUGGCUCGUAUGGGGCUUUUAAAACGACUCCCAGCAGCAUUUGGUUGACGGCAUUCAUUGCGAAAGAGCUGACCCGUGCCAGAGACAUCAUAGCAGUGGAAGACUCCUACAUUCUGCGCUCUGUUUCUUAUUUGGUGUCCAAACAGCAGAGCAAUGGGGCAUUCACUGAUCCCAACCCUGUCUAUGACCGGACCAUGCAGGGCGGAGUUGGAGGGGUUGAAGGAGACGUGUCGCUGACGGCUUUUGUGCUGGUGACGAUGGUGCACUCCGUACCCGUGUUCCCCACCGCAGAAGGAACCAAAACGAGAAUGGCGAUGAUGCAGGCUCAGGACUACCUGGAGGGGAAGCUGGACUCCUUGCAGAGGCCCUUCGCGUUGGCGAUCACGGCCUACGCCCUCUCUCUGGCCUCCCCAGGGAGCGCCGCUGCCACGCGCGCCAAAGGCAAACUCAGGGAAAUGGCCACGUGUGACGACGCAAAGGGCACCUGCCACUGGGAAGCUAAGGAGAACCUGAGACUGGCAGGGGAGAAGAAAGCCACACAGGUCCCCAAGGCCGACUCCAUCUCCGUGGAGACGACGGCGUACGCCCUGCUGGCGGCGCUGUCGAGGGACGAGCAGGACCUGCAGCACGCCACGAAGAUCGCCAGGUGGCUCACUGAGCAAAGGCAGUAUGGAGGCGGGUUCCGUUCCACACAGGACACGGUUGUGGCCCUGGAGGCCCUAGCCGCGCUCAGUGGGAGAAUCAAUGACGUUGAGGGCCUGGACCUCAACGUGGAGCUCUGCCUGAGCAAGAGCAGGAGGGAGAAGGUGCGCCUCACCAAGAGAAAUGCCCUGACCCAGCCCUCCUUCCAGGCCACACCAGGAAGUAAAGUUACCGUUGACGUCACGGGUACAGGAAAUGGAACUUUGUCGCUCCUUCAGACCUAUAGGUCGAUGAAAAGGGCUGUCUUGUACUGUGAUUAUUACCAAUUAAGCGUCAGCUUGGAAGGGGAGGUUGCAUACCAGCCGGUUGUGGAUGGUGAGCCGGACCUGGAUGACUACUAUAACUAUGAGGCGGGGGAGGCGAGGGAGGAGCCUAUGGACAGGGUGGAGUGGUUCGACCUGCGCACACGCAGGAAGCGCCACGCCCCUUCAGAGCCAGAGAGGGAGACCUCCCUCAUCUACACGGUCUGCGUCAGCAUGAAAGGAAGGAACUCUACAGGAAUGGCCAUAGUGGACAUCUCACUCUUGAGCGGAUUGGAACCAAACAUGCAGGAUCUCGAAGAUCAAGUGAAGGGCACAGAAAAGUAUAUUGACCAUUACGAUCUUGGGAAGAACAAAGUAUAUCUGUACUUUAAUCAGAUCACAGAGAAUACUGAUUGUGUGACCUUCGGAGCCAAACAGAUCACGCCCAUGGGACUGGUACAGCCAGCCAGCGCUGUCAUCUAUGACUAUUAUAAUCCAGACCGAAGGUGCAGCGUGUUUUACAGCGCGCCUCAGAAGAGCACCAUGCUCUCGAAGCUGUGCAGCGGAGACGUGUGUGCCUGUGCUGAGGGUCACUGCCCAAAGACUAAAGUCACAUUUAGCAAGAACAUGCAAGAGGACACCCGCAAGGAGUACGCCUGUUUCUCUCCCGUCGUAAGCUACGUGUAUGUGGUCAAGGUCCUUAACUCAACUGAAGAUGGAGUGUUUCAAUAUUACACCGUGACGGUCACCAGAGUCUUGCAGAUUGGGCCGGAUGAAACCGUCCGCGCAGACGUGGUGCGCGAACUGGUUCAGAGGAAGUCCUGCGAUGAGUUUCAAAUGAAGAGCGGCAGGGACUACCUCGUAAUGGGCGGGGCCUCCACCGUCACACGCACCCGUGAUGCCAAUGGAGAGUUCAGGUACCUCCUUAGCAACGAGGUGUGGGUCGAAGAGAUACCAGAGGAGAGGAAGUGCCAAGCGACCAAGAAUCGCAACGCCUGCCAGCUCCUGAACGCCUUCAUGGAGCAGUACGAACUGCAGCAGUGUGCCAUCUAACCCUUUAACAGUAAAAUCCCGGGAGCCCCUGGGCUCUAGGCUUUAGCGUCUGCCUCUAGCAUUAACAACCACUGAGCCUUCAGUUAAGAGCUAGGCUCUCCUACAAUGACGACGAUGUAGAAAUAAAUGUAGCAAAAACA